AUAACAAAUAAUUUGAGAUGCAUGAUGUCACUUUAUUCAUAAAGCACUUAGAUGUCAGCGUAGACGAAGACAAUGCAAAAGACGUUAUUGAAGAUUUAAUUGAUGAUACCUCUCUUGAACUAACCCGUGAACCAGAGUUCAAGGACAACAAAUAUGAUACCACCAACAGUUUUGAGUAUAAACUCACUUCUAAGUCAUUUAUCGACUAUUAUGUAUUGGUUAAAAAAUGGUGCAGUGAAAGGGACUUUGUUGGUUGGCUUAGAGUCACCAAAGAUGAUUCUGAUGAGCCUUUGCAUUAUCGUGCACAGGUAUAUACCAGGGUUUCUGAGCUAUCAAUUGGAAACUUUAUAGAUCAUAAGACCUAUAGAAAACACAUAAAUCUUAAACCAAAACUCUGCAAAAGAAUGAUACUUGACUUUGAGCAUGACAUGAAAAAGGUAACAUGCUAUAUUAUAACCGAUGAUGAAUGGUAUAAACUUUUGUUCGAAUACAGAUCUGUGGAAGGUUUUGUUAUAGGUGAUAUAUUUCAUGAAGACUUUUCGAUGUAUUUACCGAUAAGAAAUCCACCAAAAGUUUGGAGAGCUUUCAAGUCAGAUGUUGAACAUCAGAGAAAAAAUACACUGAGGAAUCAUCCGGAUAGCAAACUGUGGCCAGAAAGCAAGAUUCAAGAAAACAUCAUCAAAUACGUUCGUUGGUACCGUCAUAAUGCUGUUGGAGAAUGCAACCCUGAAGAGUUUGGUCGCUGUUCAGUCUUUCAAUUUUGUAUCGGUAAUCAAGAUGAUGAUGAUGAUCAGAUCACAUUUUCCCAUACACAAGUAAUUGCAGGCUUUAUAAAACACAGUUAUGUAGCAUAUUUUUCACCGAUUGAAGAGGAACCUGCCACGGCAUUCAGGAGCAACACUGUGGAAAAGCUAGUGUCUGUUAUACCGGAUCAAAUAAGCAAUGCUAAAAAUAGAUUCUCUAUUCGUUAUGGAUUACUGAUGCUAGUGUCAAAAGGCACAAGGUUUACAGACAAAUUUGAUAUGGGUGGCGAGGUAUUCAAAUCACUGAAAGACUUGAUCAUUGGCUUGAAGCACGAAGCUGAUAUUGAACCCUUGAUAAAAUCUUUUGAUAUACUGUGUCAAAAACUUGACAGAAGAAGGUUCAUUGAUAUUCCUAACGAACUUAAAACUCUGUUUGAACAAGAAAAAAUAAGGAUGAACGACAGAGAUUCUUUGGGCGAGAAGGCCUUGAAAAUUAAGUUGUUUUCCAUCAGAAGAAUAGCAAUAACUCCUGCCCGAAUUUUAUUUCAACCUCCAGAGUUGAAUACGUCAAACAGGGUUAUCAGAGAGUUCGAUCAUGACAAUUUUGUGAGAGUAAGCUUCAGAGAUGAGGACUUUGGGCCACUCAAUCUUAAUUGGGAGUACGAUAAACAUCACAAUGCAAGCGAUCCUAUUAUAAAUUCUUUGAUAAAGAGGAUAUCAGAUUUGUUCCACAAUGGAAUACAGAUAGGUGAUAAGGGUCGUUGUUAUCGCUUUCUUGGUUGUUCUAACUCUCAGUUAAGAAGUGCGGGUGCGUGGUUUGUUUCUGAGAGUGGCUCUAGAUGUACAGUGCAGAAUAUUCGGGACUGGAUUGGUGAUUUUAGCCAUGAACGGUGUCUUGCUAAAUAUGUUGCACGAUUGGGUCAAGCUUUCACCACAACAGAAAGUAGCCUUAUCCAAGAUGCAGAGGAAAAUCUUAUUGAUGAUAUAGUAACCGAAGAUGGAAAGUACACUUUCAGUGAUGGUGUGGGGAAAAUAUCUAAACCAAUUGCUGUAAAGAUAAAAGAAGACAGAGAAAUGGAAUACUUGCCGUCAGCAUUCCAGAUAAGGUAUGGUGGCUGCAAGGGUAUGGUAGCUUACGACCCUACUCUUGAUGAUUCUAGGAAAAUCAUUCAAGUGAGGCCAAGUAUGAAGAAGUUUGAAAGUAAUCACAAGGAUAUUGAAUACUGCAAAGCUAGCAAACCUAACCUUCUCUACAUGAAUAGACAGGUUAUAUGGUUGCUAAGAGGGUAUCUAGUGCCUGAAAUAGAGUUUAUCAACCUACAGAACGAUACUCUGCUCGGACUGGCUAACUCACUGAUGGAUCCUGAGGAGGCCUCUAGCAGUCUCAUGGACUUCCAGGGUGAUGGUAUCUUCAAAAGAGUGUUAGAUUCCGGGAUUGACUUGACUCAGGAGCCCUUUCACCGUCUCCAGCUUCUCGCUCUCUACAGAUUCCACGUUAAAGAGGUCCUGGACCGGACGAGAAUAAAGAUGCCGGCAGAGAUAGGACGUCAAAUGCUGGGAGUGAUGGACGAGACUGGGACUUUAGAGUAUGGGGAGGUGUUUGUGCAAUACUCCCCCGUAAUAGCCGCACCAGGGCAUGAUUUGACAAUACUAAAGGGGAAGCUGUUCAUAACAAAGAAUCCUUGUGUCCACCCUGGAGAUUUGAAAUCCUUCACAGCGCGAGAUGUUCCUGCGUUACAUCACAUGUUUGAUGUGGUGGUGUUUCCUAACAAAGGGGAACGUCCUCAUCCCAGCGAACUCUCUGGUUCGGAUCUAGAUGGAGACGAAUAUUUUGUGUGUUGGUCGGAGAAUUUGCGCCCAAGGAUCAAAAAUAAAACGCCAGGGAAUUACGAGGCUGCUAAAACGCAAUUAGAACCUAAUGCGAUCACCUCAGUUCAGCUCACCAACCAAGUCGUUAAACAUAUCACCAAACCUAACAACCUUGGAAAGAUAAGUAAUGCACACUCUGUACAUUGCGACCUGGGAUCUGUUGACGACGAGAAGCCUAUCAGACUCGCAAAGGAACAUAGCAUUGCUGUGGACUACCCAAAAACUGGUGUAGCAGAGAACUUUGAGAGGGACCUGAGAGUAUACGAGUAUCCUGACUGGAUGGAGAAACCUGACAAACCCUGUUACAAGUCAACCAGUGUUAUUGGGAGCUGUUACCGGAUAUGUCGCUCUCUUGCUGCUGUCCUAGGAGAGCAGGAUAUGUUAACAGACAUGUCAGGAAUAGUACCGCAACAAAUGUUCCUACACCCCGGACUACAACAGUACCUGGAGGAAGGUAUCAUGUUUUGUAAGGAGUAUAACCGGGAACUGGCAUCUCUAAUGAACCAGUAUGGGAUAGAGAAUGAGGGGGAUAUUGCUUGUGGCUGUCUUAACACUGUGAAGUUGAGUAUAGAGAGGGACAAGAAGAAGAACUAUGAUAUAACAGAGGAGUGUGUUAGGUUCUACCGUACCUUACAAGCCAAGUUUCAGAGCAGGUUCUUCGCUCAGUUCGAUACUCAGAAAGGAGAGUGGAUGGAGAAGCCGGAAGUAGCAAAGGAAUGCUACAAGAAAGCAGCAGCAUGGUAUAUAGCUGCUUACAAGUACAUCACGGAGGGCUCCAUCAAGCUGCUCUCAUUUCCUUGGUGUGUCAGUGAGGUUCUGUGUGAGUUGGUGAAAGCUCGUAAGAAAAGUGGGGCAGACCUUCAAGAUCAGUUUAAACAGCCGUCAUGUACUAACCUCAUGAUCACGAACAUGACUAAAUGGUUCACUUCUCAUCUUGCAGAAUUGAGAGAAUCCCCGCCUGAUGCCUAUAAAGAAGCGAUGGAAAGAAUGGAAAGCUUCACGGAGCAAUACAAGCUUCAGAAACUAGAUGGGGCUUGUUGUGGUUUACCUUUCAACCCUAACCUGCUGAUGUACUACUGUAACACUGAGGAUACAGCUCCUCUCAGCAAACUUCAGCAAGAAAUGUUUGAAAAAUAUCCAGGCUGGGAUAAGAGUUACCUGCACGCGGUGGGGAUGACGGAGAUUUACCUCUCUCUGCGCUACACUCCUAAUAUAUGCGUCUUCUUUGGAACUGACUCCAUCAAACGGUUGUACACAAUAAGACGGUACCUGGCACAGUACCCCCACCUUCAAGUACCCUCCGCUGUGAUAGUUAAGUGGGUUCAGUCCAACUCUCUGGAGAAUGAGCUCCACGUGCUGGCAGCUGAUUUUGUCCUGCUCUUCAUCAUGGUACUCGUCAUGGAGCGAACAAUAGACCCUAUCAAGAUAGACUACCCAGUAAAACAGUCCGCUAGAGAGCGUUAUAUGGCGGAGCUGACUACACCAGUACCUCUUACUGAACACGAACACUCUGACUCUGCUAAACUUUACUUCGGCUUCCUUAAGAGCAUCAUUUAUUGUAAAGCUAGCGAGGAUUUGUUACCGUUCCCGUGGAUACCACCAGCUUUGAAGGAGCUCAAUAUGACUAUCUGCAGCAUCCUCAGUUCACACAGGACAAAGUUCGUGAGUUACGCUAUGCGAGAGUACCACGAGACUUGCUACUUUCUCUUCAAUAAAGACCUGGAUGGGACGGAAACUUCCAGACGCAAAGGUAAAAGGAACAAGAUAGCAAAGUACAAGCCUAACAACGUGUACCCUGUGUGUUAUGAGACAGAUUUGUGCGCGCGGCACCUCCAGAAACACUCCAACUUGGAGGUCAACAUGCGCAACACUAACAUGCAGCGAGACGAGAUAGUGGUUAUUGAAGUGUGGGGUAACACGCCGGAGAUUCUGCAAGACGUUAUAGAUAGCAUGAUAUUUCCGCUGGAAGUUAAGAAAGUAGCGUCUGAUGAGAUCAGGCCACACCCCUUCUUUCAGAGAUCUACUGAUAGAUUUAAUAAAUUAGUGCACGAAAUCAAGGUGGACGGCAGCCACAGAAUUUAUCUAGGUAAGCCUCUGAAAGAUCUGCUUAAAAAUGUGACGAAUAGAGAUAAAACUGUGAGCAUGGAACACAUCAACGGGGAAGGUUAUAGGGAAACCAGAGAUUUCGUUAUUUUUGAUCUUAAUACAGCUGACUAUGCUGUCGAGUCAUGUAGAGGAUUUCUGAAAGACAGAAUAUUUAACAUUCAAAAGAAGCACAAUGUCUAUGCACACGGUCCUUUGUCUGCAACUUGCGAGUUUGGUCGAUUUAGCCCCUAUCCAAAUUGCUUCGACAAGAGAUCCUUAUACGUAAACACUUUGAAUCCUUUUAUGGACCAAAAAGAGUGUGAAAAGCUUGAGAGAGAUUUAUCUGCGUUAGGUUUUAAAGAGGAUACAACUUUCUUCCGAGCGAGAUAUCGAUAUGCGCACGACAAAAGAGCUGCAGUUUCACUUCACCUCCACUUCGACCCUGACUUCACUGUAAAACUGGACAAGAUCUCCUGGUCCAACAUGACAUGGUGUGAAGCCCACGUGAUGAACGAGCGUCACGACCCAAACGACCACCAUUCCCACCGGGACCUGAUCUUUAAAAUAGAGUCCUCCACAGAGCUGACUACAGCAGAAUUACAAACUACCAAGUGUUGGAAAAAUUUGGAGAGCGAGAUCGGGACCCUCCUUCAGUUUGUGUCUAUUAAUAAAGGUGAUUCUGCCAAGGUAAAAUUAUCUCCUAAGGCAAUGCGACAGUACGAAACUGAUGGCGAUUUCCGAGAGACAAUCACUGAUAAAGUGAGAAAUUUUGUUAUGGCCAGCUCUACUAGUUCCAGAUUAUCGAAGGUGACAUUCGAGAUGGUUCAACGAACCACUCGAACGUACAGACCCGGAUCAAGAGACCCGAAGAAACCGAAUCCAAAACCAGCUGAUAAAAGUGAAUAUCAUUUGAUCGCUCGUCUGCCGCAUUUUGAUGCCCUUUCUCUUGGACUCCUGAACGAAUUCUUUGAAACAUGCGCCAAGCUGCGCUGAACUCUGUUCUAUGUAGGUUCUUCUUGGGCUGAGGUUACAGAGCCAGUAGUGGUUACAGAACCAGUAGUUGUGACAGCCAAAUUUGAAUUUUCGUUUUACGAAGGGCGCAAUGUCUUGUACCUUAUAUCAGUAGCGCAAAAUUAUGAUUAGUCUGCAAGUGCGAGCGUACGUACGUACGUUCGCGCGCACAUGCGUUUUAUUUGUGUGUCUUCAACGUACGAGCAUUUAUGAUUUUGUUACUGACUUUUUUAAAGCAAGGAAUUUUUACACUGAGAUAUUUUGAUUGGCUUGGUGAUAUUCAACCUAUUACAAUUCAUAUGUAAACUGCCUCGCAAAUUUUUUUCAUUUCAAACUUA